UAUAUUUCUUACAAAAAAUAUAACAAUGAGGACGAUAACAUCCCCGGAUGCUCAAGAGAAAACUUAAAUAACGAAAAUACAAUACAAAAAAAGGUGACAACAAGAAUGAAAAGUAAGUUCAUUGAAGACGACUCCAGAAAGUGUGGAAUACAAAAUAAUUUAAAAGGGAUCCAAAACAAGAGACUCUACGGAAAUGAUAAGAAUAGACAAAUAACGAAUAAAAAAAUUGUUCUUUCAAGAAAACGUCGCGGUUGUAUCUUGAAUUUAUCAAAAGCUCAUAAAAGCUUGAUACUUCCAAAUAUCAGUAUUUCAGACUCGGUUAACCCCUCUGCAGAUUCUGAUAAUCUAUCAAACAAAACAACUAAAAAACACAAGGAACAACUUGCAAAACCAAAGGCCGAAAAUAUUAAUACUAAUAGAUAUAACUUACGUUUACGAAAAAAUUUGAUUUCAACUAAUAAUAAAAACGGUUAUUCAGGAACUCGAAAAAAUCUCUCCAAAAGAAACACUGUUGGUAUUUCUAGCUCACUUUCUAGUAAAGAACAAUUUCCUACAAAUUCUUCUUCAAAUGGCAAUGCAAACAAGUUGAUGACUGCAAAAUCUAAGAGGAAUAAAAGAUGUCAAGAACAAAGUGAGGUUGUAGUGCCCCACACAAAAAGAAAUAGAAAUUUCAAAAGAAGCAGUAAGACGCGAAGAAAUGAAGAGGAGGCACCUUCCACAAGCCGUGCUGCAUAUAGAGGCAGAUCUAAAUUCAUUGAAUACUCAUCUGAAUAUAAUGGCAAUACUCAAAUUAGUUCGAUGUGGAGGAACUUUCUUUAUCGUUUAAAAAAUUGUUUCUUCUCGGUCGUCCUAAAUUUAACAGUUUUUAUUAAAAAGAGUUAUUCUCUUUAA